UUUUGAAUUAUUCUUAUUUUUUCAUACUUAAAGAAUGUCAACACAUAGAAGUAGGAAGAGAAUAAGAGAAGCUAAGAGAAAAGCACGACCAGAAUUAUCCAGUCGUGAGUUGUGGGUUCAGAAUGAUUACGCUAGAACCUUUGACCUGAGUUGGGAGAAUGUUAAAGACGAGAUUGAGAGAAUACAUGUCGGAGACGUCUCACCUCAAGAGUUUAUCCGCAGGUUUGAAGCUCCUUACAAGACUGUUGUUAUACAAGGGGCCCAGGAUACCUGGCAGGCAAGGGAAAAGUGGACGUUGGAAAGAAUUGCCAAGAAGUAUAGGAACCAAAAGUUCAAGUGUGGGGAGGAUGAUGAGGGGUACUCUGUCAAGAUGAAGAUGAAAUAUUACAUGGAGUAUCUCAAAACUACAGAUGAUGACAGCCCGCUGUACAUCUUCGACAGCGGGUACGGGGACCAUCCCAAGCGGAAGAAACUGCUGGAGGAUUAUGAGCUUCCAAUUUAUUUUAGGGAUGAUCUGUUUAAAUAUUGUGGGGAGGAGAAAAGGCCACCUUAUCGUUGGGUAGUACUCGGGCCUGCUAGAUCUGGAACAGGAAUUCAUAUUGAUCCUCUUGGAACCUCAGCAUGGAACGCUCUUAUUUCCGGACACAAAAGAUGGUGCUUCUUCCCCACCGAUACACCUAAAGAUCUACUAAAGGUUACCUCAGCUGAAGGGGGGAAGCAGAGAGACGAAGCAAUCACUUGGUUUAAUAUAAUAUAUCCCAGGACCCAGAGACCUGAUUGGCCGGAGAAAUAUCGUCCAACUGAGUGUAUUCAGCAUCCAGGAGAAACAGUUUUUGUACCUGGUGGCGUGUGGCAUGUAGUUCUUAACCUAGAUACAACGAUAGCUGUCACACAAAACUUUGCCUCUAGAACAAACUUCCCUAUAGUGUGGCACAAGACGGUACGUGGGCGACCUAAGCUGUCAAAGAAAUGGUACAGGGUUCUCAAGAAACAUGAACCAGAUCUAGCCGAGAUUGCAGAUCAGGUUGAUACUGCGACCAGGUCGGGUCAGGCCAGCGAUAGUUCAAGCGAUUCUAGUUCGAGCAGUUCGAGCAGCGACAGUGAGUCCGAUUCAGGACAAGAGUCAAGCGAAGGACAAAAAAAGAAGAAGAUGAAGAGAACUUAGAUCUAUUGAUGAGAAGAAGAAGUUGAAGAUAUCGAAGAAGAAUUAAAACAAGACUAAAAUGAAAUAUUUUAAUCUCAAAAAUCAAGUAUUUGAUUUACUUCAAUGAAAUCCAACAUUACCAAUUCCAGGACGAUCCAAUGUAUCUGCGAGUUAAAUCAAAUCUUGUUAAUACCAAAUGCCAGCUGUUUUUAUAACUAACUUUGGCUACUAAGCACUUUCUAUAUUACAUAGGAUUAAUUUAUCUCUUUUUUAUUUUAGUUGUUUACACUUUUUAAUUAGUUUCAUGGCGUUAAAUUGGUUAAAAAUGAUUUUAAUUUAAAAAAAUUAAGAAAUGUCAACAUUAAUUGAUCUAAUCCGUCCGCGAACCAUUGAUUUUUCUAAUAUGACAAAUCAAUCAAGCAAUCGAUCAUCAUGAUCUUAGAUCAAUUUAGUUGUCUCCGUUUUCUGCAUUCAAUAAUGUAUCUUCUGAAUUGUUUUUUUUUUUACAGUUUGAAUCACAAGUUUCUUUCCCCAGCUACGCUAUUUCGUCCAAAGAACCAUUGUCUGUUAGAAGUAAUUAAUGUCUUUUUUUUUUCAUAGCGAAUUUUUCAGAAAAA